AUGGAGGCUUGGGUGUUGUUUGCUCCUCUCCUCCCCGCUGUCCAAAUUGCAAAACUGUUUGUGCUGUUUUACAUGAAGAAGAACAGCCUGAUGCUCAACUGUCAGGCAUCUAAAAAGCCCUGGAGGGCAACUCACAUGACAACAGCAUUCAUUACUCUCUUGUUCUUCCCCUCAUUUCUUGGUGCUGCUGUUUUUGUUGCAUAUACAGUUUGGAUAAUCAAACCAUCAUCAGGAUGUGGCCCUUUCAGGAACCUAACCAGUAUGUUGGAAUCCGUGAAGCUGUGGGCUGAGAGGAUGAAGGACCAUCACCAAAUUCUUUCUUGGCUCAUUCGAGCUUACAAUGCUUUCACAGAUAACCCGAUCUUCUUGUUCAUGCCCUCUGGCCUAUUUCUACUGUUGAUAUAUUUCCGUAUUCAGGUAGUAGAUGGCCAAAGGAGAAUCAUCAGACAGUUAGACAAGCAAAUUGACGAUAUAUCGGUGAGGGAGCACCUAAAAAAGGAGUUUUCAUUGAGCUCCCAAAACAAUACUUGGCUGUCUUGUCCAAAUUCUAUGAUUUGGAUCAUGGCUUGUUCAUCACAGACCUAAAUCCCUUUAUAAAUGAAGGUUAUGUAGCUGCCUAUUUUAAACCUUUUGGAUGUGUCACAAUGUGCAAGAUCAAGAAUAGUCCCGGCUCUUCAAAGGAUAGACUGGCCUAUGUGAGGUUUUCUACCGAAGCUGAAGCAGACCAAGCAGACUGGGCUGGUCCUCACUUUAUAGGAGGGACAGAAUGUAAAGUAAGACGGGUUGUCAGUCCAAAGGUCGAAGGCGAGUCAGAUGGUGUGCCCACUCAAGUGCAAAUUAAACCUUCACUUCGCCGUCCAAUGGGCCUGGGCUACAUGCUGGAAGAUCCUCAGUGGUUAGAUGAAGAAGGGAAUGAACAAUCCAACCAAUUUUAAGAUGUAUUGUUUUUAGAAGACCUAAAACAGAGACUUCGAAAAGUUGUAUGUUGUCAAAAUAACCUGUAAAUGCUUCCUAAUCUGCCAUCAGGUCUAUUAUGUUACGGAGACAUAACACUUCAAAAAUCAUUCCCCUUUUGCUUUGAUAUGCCUGUUAAUGGGUAAAUAUUUUGCCCAAAUGUAUGUUGUUAUCAAUAAUAGAAGAGCCUACACAGUACUUUUUAAACAAGUCAAACUCCUAUAUACUACUAAAUGUCAAACAGCUUUGAUUUUAAAAAUAACUGUACUUUUGAACCACAUUUUUUUGUUUCUAACAAUAAACAUACUUAAACUAAAUUGAAUUUA